GAGCUCUCUCCACACUUUCCUCAUAGAUUUAGAGUGGCUUCAAAAAAAGGUGAACCUUUUGUUGGUUUGCAUCAGCAAGGGCAACCUCCUGCUCCUUCACCAAUAGAUCAUAGGGUUUCACUUCUGCCAAACCUCAGUCCUCUGCCAGGUCUUCCAAAGAUUACAUUCAUAGAUGAAGAAUUAUUCCAGUCAACAGAAUGCCAACUUCAUUGGAGAAGGUGGUUUUGGUUAUAUCUGCAUAGGAAUACUUACAAAUGGGAAAGAGGUUGCAAUUAAACUGCUAAAGGUUGGGAGCAGGCAGGGGGAGCGUGAAUUUCAGGCUGAGAUUGAAAUUAUUGGCCGCAUUCAUCACAGGCAUCUGGUUGCCCUUGUUGGAUAUUGCAUUUCUGGGGACCUGAGGAUUCUGGUUUAUGAGUUUGUUCCAAACAAAUCUUUGGAGUUCCAUUUACAUGGUGAACCUUUUGUUGGUUUGCAUCAGCAAGGGCAACCUUCUGCUCUUUCACCAAUAGAUCAUAGGGUUUCAAUUCUGCCAAACCUCAGUCCUCUGCCAGGUCUGCCAAAGAACACAUUCACAUAUGAAGAAUUAUUCCAGGCCACGGAUGGUUUCUCCAAUGCCAACUUCCUUGGUGAAGGUGGUUUUGGUUAUGUCCACAAAGGAGUACUUGCAAAUGGGAAAGAGGUUGCAAUUAAACAGCUAAAGGUUGGGAGCAGGCAGGGGGAGCGUGAAUUUCAGGCUGAGAUUGAAAUUAUUGGCCGUAUUCAUCACAGGCAUCUUGUUGCAGUUGUUGGAUAUUGCAUUUCUGGGGACCAGAGGAUGCUGGUUUAUGAGUUUGUUCCAAACAAAUCUUUGGAGUUCCAUUUACAUGGAAAGGGCAGCCCACCCUUAAGCUGGGCAACUAGAAUGAAGGUUGCUCUAGGCGCUGCAAAAGGAUUGGUGUAUUUGCACGAAGAUUGUCUGCCCAAGAUCAUACAUCGGGACAUCAAGGCUGCCAAUAUUCUUCUUGAUUACAAUUUUGAGGCAAAGGUUGCUGAUUUUGGACUUGCUAGGUUAAGUCUUGAUACUGAUACUCAUAUUUCAACUCGUGUUAUGGGAACCUUUGGUUAUUUAGCUCCAGAAUAUGCUCUUACUGGAAAACUUACUGAAAAGUCAGAUAUCUUCUCCUUUGGCGUCAUGCUUUUGGAGCUGAUCACUGGACGGCGACCUAUUGAUAAAGUUCAGUUUGUUGAUGAUGACAAUAUAGUUGACUGGGCAAGGCCCCUGCUCAGACAGGCUUUGGAGGAUGGCAACUUUUCUGAACUUGCUGAUCCAAGGUUGCAGGACAAGUAUGACCCUGCUGAGAUGAUGCGCGUAGUUGCUUGUGCUGCUGUUUGUGUCCGCCAUUUGGCACAGCGCCGUCCACGAAUGAGCCAGAUUGCCAGAGCUUUGGAAGGAAACAUGUCCAUGGAUGAUCUGAAUGAGGGUGUUAGACCAGGAAACAGCACAGUUUACGGACCACCACACGAAAGCUCAGAUUAUAACACUUCUCAGUACAAGGAGGACUUGAAGAAAUUCAGGAAGUUGGCGCUACAGAGUGCUAGCGAAUACAGUGCGCCAACCGGCGAGUAUGGCCUUCAGCCAUCUGGCUCCAGCAGCGAAGUUGUACGAACCACUCAAGAGACCGGGACCAGCUCAAGCCUGGAACAUUCUUGAAAAAAGGAAACUGAAAUCCAAAUGGAAAUGCUAUUGAUUUGCAGCUUGCAUUUCGUAUUAAUUUUGGUGCCCCCGUGUCCCUGCCUUCCCUUGCAGAUGACUUGGUUGAAGUUAACUUGAUAAUAAUGAAAUUUCAGUAAGUGUUCGGUGCCACAGCUAGCUAGUCGCCAUUGAAAGCUACUGGAUCUGGAUGAUGUCUCUUGAGUGAUCAUUUCAGUCUUCUUCAUGCGUGUAUGUGUA